AUGUACAAUCGCGAGUCCAAGAUUAUGCGGAAGCUCCUCGGUAAGGCGGCGCCAGACUCGGCGACGGGAGAUUUGGCUUCGAUAACCGGCACCACCACGCCUAUACCGACCUCGUACCGCCCUUCAAAGUCCCAAGACGCCGCUUACUCUGCCGGAGUACCCAUUUCCUGCUUUGACGUUUCUCCAGACCGACGCGCCGUCAUUCUUGGAGGUCCCCAUAUCCUCCAGACAAUAGUGCUCGAUGAUCCCUCGAGCUCCAACUUCGUCUUCAACGACGGCAUUGAUAUCCGAACAGCCAUCACGACGCGGCAGUCCACCGGACCACGGCAAAACGUCGUCGCGGACCAGCUCAACAUAGCAGACGUAAAGUGGCACAACGGCUCCCAUAUUUACACCGCGUGCGCCAGUGGCAAGGUCUUUUCCUACGACCUCACUCGAAUUGGCGCUGGAGAUGCUGAACCGUUGGAAUACAUUCUCAUGCACGAAGAUUCACGUCAAAUCAAUAGUCUGGACAUCAACCCCCACCUGAAUUCCUGGUUGCUGACUGGCGGACAAGAUGGGACUGCUCGAGUAUUCGACUCUAAUGUGACCACGCCAGCAAGACAUGGAGUCAGCUUCCGACAACGAUUCGCGCCGCUCCGGUGUAUUGACCCAAUCAAGCAAGUUCAAUGGUCGCCCCGGCAGGGUCACGAGAUGGCCUGCUGCACAGAAAGCGGUGUCGUGAUGAAGUGGGAUGUGCGACAGCCAUCGAGGCCGGUUUUAAGAAUCAACGCACAUGAGAAGGCAUGCUCCGCCAUCGCAUGGCACCCCGACGGAGCUCAUCUCAUCAGCGCCGGACGGGACGCCAGGAUCCAUACCUGGGACCUGAGCAACACGGCUGACAAGCGCCAAAAGCCCAAAUACACCAUUUCCGUCCCGGCGCCAGUGGCUGCUGUUGCAUGGAGGCCUGGCCUGUGGUCCGCGAGUGCCCAGGCGAGGCGAGUUGCCCAGAUCGCAGUCACGUAUGAUGAGACGAGCAGCCGCCGAUAUGGCCUUUCGGCCGUUCACAUUUGGGAUUUUGCCCGGCCAACCAUGCCCUAUAAAGAGAUGGACAGCUUCGAGACGUGUCCUUCGGCUCUGGCGUGGCAAGACCAGGAUAUGCUGUGGACCGUUGGGCAGGACGGCCACUUCAACCAGCGUGAUGUCGCCUUUGCUCGAAGGGUCAUCGAUCGCCAGUCCACUUCUGCCAUGGCAUUUUCUCCAAGGGGCGACGCGUUCGUGCUACUAGACGAGCGUUCGCAGUCGCAGCGACCACGGCUACUGGGUGCUCACCACUCCGAGGUAAUGCACCGUCCGACAUACAGUCCGAGUCAAGGGAAUCCAGGGUUGAGCCUCAGUCGGAGCGACUCGGAAGACGACGUGUUGGGGAGCUUUUUGGCGCCCCGUCGAAGAGUCCCUCGGAAUAGACGACUGAGUGGACGGGGCGGGGUGCCGUUGAGCACAACACCGCCAUCUGGGGCAAGCUCGUUUCCCGACGACUUUAGGCAGACUCUCGGCCUGGAGCAGUCGGUAAACAUUACGGGGCUGUUCAAGCUCCAGCAGGCCAUGUCCUUUGGACAUGUACCUGCUGCCGUACCCGUGCAAGUUUAUCACUUUCUAUCUGCCGCGUACCUUGACUCUCUCAGAUUGGAGCUUCCGUAUGUAGAAGGCGGCAGACCUUUGAUCGAACGAGUGGGCAUCAUUAUGGAGCAGUACGCCAAAGCUGCCGAGGUAACCAACCUGUAUCGGCUGGCGCAGACGUGGCGAAUCCUGGCCUUUGCCACGAAUGUCCUUCUAAAACGCCGGGCGCAGUACCAUUUCGAGACGCGCGUCGGUCAGUUUCAGAAGCUUCAAGUUGACGACGGCCUCAAACGAGCAGACCGGCUACAGGGCCCCGACCCGAUGUACGCGCAUGGGGAUGAUGCUCGGGGGCGAGCUGCGGGGCAAAGAGGGAGCGUGGACAGCCGAUUCCACUCCAUUCGUUCGCUACUGGCGGAGGAAAUCGAAAGUACAUCAAACGUGCCCACGCCGGUCGCGAGACCAGCAGACAGCAGUCACAAUGCGCGAAGCCUUGAUCAAGACGUAAUGGCGCACCAGCACGGCAAAAGACUGUCACCGAUCAUGGAGCCGGAAAGCCUCAGUCUAGGUCCUGCUGCUCACGAAUCCCUACUCACGCCUCAGGGUCCCCGGAAGCGGCACGAUUCGCAGCCGAUAUCAGUGGGCAGCGAGCGGACUGAAGAGUCUGAUGAUAUUUCAUGUACGGAAGGAUAUGACUUUUACGAUGCUGAGGCACUGGCAAAAGCAAUCGAUGUGCCCAUGACAGCGGGAAAGGUUGGCGGCAAGGAUCUUGCGUUCAGAGGAAGGGCGGCGAGCAGGAAGGAUUCGGACGAAGGGUUUGGGCAAAUGUUUUCCAUCUCAAAUGGCACCAGGAGGUCUGCAAGAACAGGCUCCAGCGGAGAUGUGUUUGCGCGGCCUCGUUUCCUCCGAAAUCAGUCCGACGAUGCGGAGAGGGAAGAGAGCGGGGCAUCGAGCGCGGAUUCGCACGUCUCGUCCCAGGCACUGGCCGAAAAACAUGGACGACAGGUUCGCCUGGGAGACUCGACGGAAGAGGUUUUCAUGAUUUCGCAAACGACAAGGACGGACGAAAGCGACCCAUCUCAGACGUCGCACAUGUCACGGGACACGGACGGCGACGAGUCCAACGAGCGAUUGCGCAACUCGGCCGCAGCAGGAUACCAUGGCGGACUCUCUCCGAGUGCCAAGAAGAAGGGAAGGAAGAGGGAGGCGACAUCUCCACGAUGUGAUGCCCGCCCGUAUAUCGUCGAAACAGACUAUCUACCUUGGGAAUACGACCCUCCGUAUCCGCACCCGUUGAGCGGCAGCCAGGACGCGAGGGGGAAAAAAGGCUCGACGUCCCCGCUCGAUCCGCACAGCCUCGUGCUUCGGGCCCUGGACUUUGAGUCGAAACACUCGGCGCUGAACGCGUCGGCCAUGAUUAUGUUGCUCAAACCGCUGUUGCCCGAGUCCGUCAUCGACGGCCACCGAGCGAGGGCGAUUCUCCUGCAACACCACCGGCGGCUGACGCAGAUGAGCCUGUUUGUAGAAGCAGCGCUCCUUCGCAACCUGUGCGUGCAAGGGUGGCCCGAGGGAUUCCCGGAUUGGGGAGAGAAGUAUGCCUACAUCUUUGGCGGCGCGCAGCAAGGUGACAAGAUGGGACUGCUGUGCGAAUCUUGCCGAAAGCCACGGGAAGUUGAUCCGGCGGCGGGGGCCGAGGCGGUUUGGACGUGCCAAAGAUGCGGCAGUAUCAUGGGGCCGUGCCCGGUAUGCGGGCACCGCAGAGCGGAACGUCCGGCGCACAUUCCCGAGGAUAUUCUGCCGGGUCCGUCGGAGCUCGAGUCGGAGAGGUGGUUGACAUUGUGGUGGUACUGUCCCGGGUGCGGGCACGGCGGGCACGCCUCUUGCCUGCAGCUGUGGCAUGGGGCGUCCGAGGCCAGGUCGGUCGAGGACCCGGGGGCACAGUUCAGCGACGGGUGCUGCCCCUCUGAUGGGUGCGGGCACGCAUGCCUUCCAGGCAGGUACCGUGGCGAGACAAUGGCGGCGCGGUCCGACGAAGUUGGCCGAGCGGCGGUGGACACCAGUCGCGCCAGAGAAGAGGCCAAGCCGGGCAGCCGGGGGGCCAGUCGACGGUCGAGCCCGGGCGCGAGCUUUGAGCGCAGCGUGAGGAGCGAUGCGAACGACGUGGUGCCGCAGAGCAAGGCGGUGGGCGUGGCAAGAGAGGCACUAAACAAAGGAGGGGGGGGCGGCCUCGGCGGCGGCGGCGGCGGCGGCGGCGGCGGCGGCGGCGGCGGCAUACUAAGCUCGAGUCCAGGGCGGUCCACGGUGACGGUGGACAGGGAACGGAGGAAGAGCGUCAAGUUUGCGAGGACGGACCGCUGA